GGGCAUAUUUCUUGCAUAUGAUAAAUUCGUCUUAAAGGAGGGGACAGCAGAAAAGUCGAAGAUGGUGUUAAUUUUGAUAGCAUUGCUUAUUCACGUCCAAUUUUUAUUUUCUGAACAAGAAUUGUUCUCCGACGAACAGAAAUUACUAGCUGACUUGGGUCUCUUUGACAUGGAGGUUUAUGACAAGAGUGUGAGGCCAGUUUUCAACGCCUCUAAGAAUGUCCUGAUAGAUUUUGGAUUUACAUUGAUACAAAUUGUGGACAUGGACGAGAAAAACCAAGUUUUGGUUACAAAUGCUUGGCUGGUCCAUAAAUGGAUUGAUGACAGAAUUCGCUGGAACACGAGUGGUUAUAGUGGUUUGUACAACCUAAGAGUUCCAGCACGUCUUCUCUGGCUUCCUGAUGUCGUAUUGUAUAACAAUGCAGAUGACUAUACUUCCGGUUUCAUGCCCAUCAACGCCAUGGUGUACAAUAACGGAGAAAUAUUCUGGUCUCCACCAUCAAAACUAAGAAGUUCGUGCAAAGUUGAUAUCACAUAUUUUCCUUUCGAUAAACAGAACUGCCAACUUAAAUUCGGUUCAUGGACGUACGAUAAAGCCCAAGUGGACAUCAGGGCCACCAACGGUUCUGUAGAUGUUGUAGGCUAUACUUCAAACGGAGAGUGGCUUCUGAUUGGUCACUCUAUUGAACGUCAUGAGACCAAGUAUCCAAUCAGUAGUGAGAUAUACCCGGAUGUAACAGUCUUGAUUGUCAUACAACGCAGGAUACUUUAUUAUGUACUUAACAUUAUAUUUCCCUGUUUCUGGUUGAAUAUUCUUAGCUGUCUCACUUUUUGGUUACCGUCUGAUGCCGGGGAAAAAAUAACACUAAAUAUAACUGUUCUCCUGUCGUACUCGGUAUUCCUGUUGGUAGUCGCAGAGAGCAUGCCCCAGACUUCAGAGUUUGUUCCCUUGAUAGUGUUUAUAUUAAAACUUCAUCAUCCUGGGCCUCAACCACAAAAAGUUCCACGAUGGAUUAGAAUAUUUGUACUUGGAUUUCUUUCAAAUUUGCUCAAAUGCACAUGUUGUCGACGUCAGAAAUAUUCAAAACGGAGAAAAAUCUUGCCUGGAGCCUUUUCCAGUCAAGAUCUUACAGAGAGUUCAUCGUUAUUUAUCCAUACUAAACAGAAUCAACAAUCUGAGAAAAACGGAAGAUCGUCACGCGCUAAGCUAAAACGCAUGGAGGAAGAGAAUGUUUUUGAAAACGGUUCAUCGAGCCAACCACAAGUCAAACUGUCAAAUGUAGAGGAACUCAUGAGGAACCUGAGCUUUAUAGUAUCUCAAUCAAACAAAGCUGAGAUGGAGUAUGAGAUUAUCGAUGAAUGGAAGCAAGUUGCUCAAGUUGCAGAUCGCAUUGCUUUUCUAUGUUUCUUCUUUUUGACACUCUUUUCAGCUAUUGUUGUUUUAGUUGUUGUACCAAGUUUUAUUUAUAAUGAACAAGAUGGAAUCUGA